GUCAUAACACGUGACCUGCAGCGGUCGGUGACGGCAAGCCUAGUCGUCCGCCCGGAUUGGCGAACAAGGGUAGAAAAAGGAAAAAGGAUAUAAUCCCAGGCCUGGUUGGUGCCGAAAGGGGUCUUCCGGAUAUGCUAUCAUUAUCGCUAUCAAAAUCUUUCUUUUUCCGAGGCUUUGCUUGGCCGGCUACCGUGGCAGUCCCCCUCGCGGUGGUCUGUCUUGUUCUUGUCGUCACCCGUCACUAUGACUGCACUACUGAAGAUCGUUACCACCCAAUACGAAAUACGGUACCUGUAUUUUGCAACUGCCCGCUGCCUGAGGUGUGCCCCUCCCUCAGCCCUCGUCGUGCUCUUUUCCCUCCCGCAACCCAAAAUUUUCCCCUCCUCGGGUUUGCUUGUUUUGAUUUUGCUGCUUGCAGAAGGGGCCCUCGAUCCACCUGCUGUGGCCCCGGCGACCAGCUCCAUCUCCCAGGGCGUCAACCCCAACGCACAAAUCAUGGCGGUUGUUUUUCGUGGCCUCGCCUUCUACUAACUAUAGCUGGCCACUCAGAGUGCCGCGUGGCUGUUCCAUCGAGGUUCUUUGGGCUUCUUUGUUUCUACCUCUCGAGCUUGUUUGUCGCGGGAUCGUCGACGGAACGACCACUGACACAGCCUGACCCCUGGGCACGGUUCCAAACUAUAGCUUCCCAGUACCUUUCCAAAUAGUGCAUUGGAAAGAUUGAUCGGCAGACUGGCUUCAUCUUCUUUUCGCCGAUCGAGGCGGGUAAUUCUCUUCAAUUCUGUCUGGUAUCUUAGCGGCGCCG